AUGAAAAGCAUACUGAAACAGCAUGUUGGAUCCUUGAGACCAACUUCAAUCAAGGAUAUUCACAGUAUGACCCAGAGAUCCAGCCAUUCGCUCAAGAGCUUCUAUAAUGUCCCACCUCUCUCUGCCAUCAUACAUGAAUCGAAUGUUAUAAACUUUGAAGAUGGAUGGUUUUACUGCCACGGUAGGACCUGGCUCCUGGACAACUUUCAAGAAACCUCCAGGGAAACCACCAGUUGCAAAGUACCCAAUGGUGAACAGGAAUUAUGCACAGAGGACAGCUGUGUGCAAAGUGCCUUCCUCCCCAGGGCUGUCCAAAUGAGGUAUUUUAAUUCUGGGCCAUGUGAAAGGACAAUAUGCCAAUCAAGAAUUUCCUCAGCUGUGUUGGAGUGUAUUUCUCAGCUUUGCUAGUCAGAAAGUAGCCAGCAAAUGGGUUUUGUAGUCCUCAGCUGCCAACCUGUGAGCAACAUGGCAAAAUCUUGUCCACUCAAGACCGUGUCUAAGAGUUGCCAAACUCUGGAAUGUGACUCUAGCCAAUGCCAAUCUCAGAGCCCUGAAUCCAGUUCCUGUAGCCCUCCAGUCUAUGUUGCACCAGAGCCACAACUCCUGGAAUCAUCUUCUAACACUUAUGAGCCAACUUGCUGUGUUACUGGUGGUUUGCAAUUGCCUAAUAUACUUAAUCAAUGGAAGGCAUUGCAAGGAGCACCCAGUGUUAUGGGAGGUGGUGGCACCACGUCCUGGGCUAUAACAGAGUUCCGAUGCCAUCUCAGGCAGCAAGGAGGAAGAGAGUGUACAGAAUCACCACCUUCUGCGGGUGUUUCAGGGAGCAAGCCGAACGAGAAACAUGAAACGCUCACUUCUUUCAAAUCAACCGCUGCCUGCUCUUGA